AUGAAGAGCUUCACCUUAAUAACAGCUUUACUUCUCUGCAGCCUCAGCUGGAUCUCUGUCUCAGGUUCUGAGUCUCAGACUGUGGAGGUUCAGCCUGGUGAAAAUGUCACACUGCUGUGCUCCAACAUUUAUAGAGUUACAAUUCAGGCGGAGUGGUUCAGAGUGACCAACAGAACCAAACCCAGCUGCAUUUCCCAUCUGUUCAGUGCUGAUGAUGAAGCUGGUAAAAAGCAAGUGAAUUUAUCUGACUGUGGACUGUAUUUCUGUGGAUUUUACCAAAAUGGAUACACCGUCAUUUCCACUGCAACAUAUUUAAAUGUUAAAGGUGAUGGUGAAUCUGAUGAUGAAGUGGAUUUUCACACUGACAGUAUGAUAGUCGAGGCUGAUGGAAUGACAACCCUAAUGAGUGUGAUCCUCGGUGGUCUGACUGCUGUCCUCACUAUAGUCAUCAUUGUUCUGGCUGUUAAAAUCAGGAAACUUCAGACAGCUGUGAAGGAAGAAGCACAGCCAGAAAGAAACAAGAAUCUGGACUCAGAUGACCUGAACUACGCAGCUCUACGUUUCCAGGCGAAACCAAAAAGAAACCACAGACCUGCACCAGAGAGAGAGCUGGAGCCACAUGUUGUGUAUGCUGCCACCAGAUAGACUCAACUGGGACUGUAGCUCUGAGUGGAACUGAUGCUUUAUCACAUUAAUCUGCUGUUGUGUUUUUGUGUGUGAGUAAUGGGUGGAAAGAGUCCAAAAAUAAACUUUGAUUCUGUA